AUGCAACAAAAACGCACGGAAAAAGACACAGCACGUCCAAAGUCCAAGAUAUGAUAAUAUUAAUUCAUAAUAGUUAAUAGCUUAGCUAUACUUUCGCUCAUAACAUCCGACCUGGUGCAGGAUUUUUUAGGAUAUUAUUAUGUGAUACAAGUGUAUUUCCAUAACGAUAGGAAUGUCAUCGAAAACGGGCCUCUUGACAGCGGUUCACCUGGCCAAUAUCACCAGCACUUUGGACGCCACUCGCAAGUAUGCACUGGGAACUCUCUACCUACAGUUACAUCCCCGGUUCCAGGAUGUGGCAAAACCAACUGCUUUCAGCAAAUUUAUUGCCACUGUGUAUCAAAGUUCACCAAAGGUGCUCGGUCCAGGGGUGGACCUACGAAUACUGAUUAGUUCUCUCAAAUCGAAGGAGAUUGUUCCGGUGAAUCGCCGAAUUGAUUACCUCUUUUCCGAUUACUGCCUUGAUCCGCACUUGGAUGGAUUGGAUGUGGCGAGGUUCUACCCUGGCGCCAGUGUGAUCGAACUUGGAACGCAGCCCUUCUCGAUCGACGCCAAUGGAUUGACCGAUUCUAGUGAAACUUAUAAAAAUGUCGUUCUUGGUGGGACGUUCGAUCGAAUCCAUGCCGGGCACAAGGUUCUACUCUCGCAAGCGGCCCUUCUGGCAGAGGAACGGUUGGUCGUUGGCGUGACCGACGAGAAUAUGAUCAAGAGCAAAAAGCUGUGGGAGCUGAUUCAGCCAACCGAACGGAGAAUCGAAGAUGUUCGGGCGUUUCUCGAGGACGUGGAUCGAACCUUGCGGUACGAAGUCGUUCCCAUUAGCGACCCGUUCGGACCGACGGCUACGGAUCCGAAUAUGGACCUCAUCGUCGUCAGCACGGAAACGGCUCGUGGUGGCGCCAAGGUGAACGAACUUCGCGCCAAAAAUGGACUCAAUCAGCUGCGGGUACGCACGAUCGAUCUACUGGACGAUGAACUUACGGAGGAAGAUAAGGAAGACAAGAUCAGUUCCAGCAACAUGCGGAUGGAUCUGUUGGGAACUCGUCUCAAACCGCGUGACUUGAAACCACACCUCAGUCCGAAACCGUACAUUAUCGGACUUGUUGGAGGUGUUGCCGCUGGGAAGAGCAAGAUGGCGGAGCGUUUUGCAAAACUUGGCGCUGGAGUGAUCGAUUGCGACAAGAUCGCCCACGAGCUGUACGAACCGGGCGAGGAUUGCUACCAAACGGUGAUCAACAAUUUCGGCGUGGGCAUUUUGAACGAGGACAAAACGAUCCACCGGAAGGCUUUGGGCGCGAUUGUUUUCUCCGAUCCGGACAAGUUGGAUCUACUGAACACGAUUCUGUGGGACGCCAUUUUGGAGCGGACCAAGCUGCGCAUCAAGGAAAUAUACGAGAAGCAGAACAAACAGAUUAUUAUCAUGGAAGCGGCCGUUUUGCUGCGAGCCGGGUGGCAAAACGCAUGCCACGAGAUUUGGUCCUGCAUUAUUCCCCGCGAAGAAGCAAUUCAGCGGCUGAUGGAUAGGAACGGGUUAACGGAAGAGGAAGCGGACAAAAGGAUCAAGGCACAAGUUAGCAAUACCGAACUGGUGCAGAAUUCGGAUAUCGUGUUUUGCACGGCUUGGAGUUAUGAAUAUUCGCAGAAACAAGCCGAAAAAGUUUGGACAGAUUUGGUAGAAGAGCUGAAAUUGAAGCUGUGAAUUUUAUUGUUGACGGAAUAAAUGUUAUAAGGUUUUGGGA